GUCCGCCCUGAAUGGAUCACUCUCACUUGGAUGUAAUAACUUGUCGUUGUGGUACACUGGUUUCCUCUUUAACUUAGUGCCUUUUAAGCGCGUCAACCAACUACAAUCAUACGAGCAUAUGCACAGGCAUGCUUAACACAUGCACAAACCGUAUAAUAGUAAGCACCUGUAUGAAGGUUUAUAAAUUGGACAAAUUGCGCGAAUCGUUAAGUAACGCAUGAAACGUAUUUAAUUUGGUUUCUUUGUGCUCAUCUAAAUAUAAAUAACGCGUGGAUAUAUUAAAAGUUAUUAGUUUGGAACUUCAAGUCGCAGAGUUGUGUUCAAACUUAGUAGCUAAGUCAUCAAAUAAGGACUCUUUAAAGAAAUUCAAAUGGAUACCAAAUACCAAGCAUCCUUGAAGCUAACUUGCAUAUUUCUCGUACUAAGCGUUGCAGAAGCGAUCCCGAAGCUAGAUAACAAACCAAAACCAUACCUCGACAAUACGCAAUGGAGUCGAACGUACCCGAAUGAAAAUAGAACUCAGGUUAAAGAACCGGAGACUGCAUCAACAAAAGAUAGGCUGGAGCGCCUAGGUUACACCACUGGAUAUGGAAGCUUGAAUGGAUACCCAAGUAGCUCUGGACUUUCAGCAUAUAAUCCAAUCAAACUGGAUCUUGGCGGAGUCGUGCUGGGAACACUUGUUGGCAUCGGUGCAAUAAUUCUCAUACCUAAAAUACUAUCCGCCUUUCACGGAGGUUACGGUGGCUAUGGACGCGAGGACGACAAUGACUUAGCAUCUCUCAGUAGUAUGAUAAACAAAAUUGACAAUGUGCUUGGCCAAAACAAUAUCGACUCAACUAGCUGUAUGCAACGCGCUGUCUGUGGCUAUAUUCGGUCGACAGAGAAUAAUAUAAAGUCCGGAGUCUCCGAUCAGAUGGAUGAAUUCAUUCACAUGCUGUCCGGGAACUCUCUUGUGGACUACCUUUUGGACGGUACUGCAAUAAAGGAGGCAUUAGAGCACGGAAAGGAAACAACCGAUAGGAGCUGCGAAGAGCUUUACGUGUCGUGUCCAUUAAAUAGUAAAUCGGCCACCAGUAUUCUAAUGAAACUCUUACCCAAGAAACAAAAACCUACUAAAUUAAACUCAGCAGAAAAUCAGGACGAAUCUUAAAUGCAAAAGUUGAUAAAUAUAGCAACAGAUUAUAUUAUGAGAAAGUUAUUACAACUAAUCAAUGGACUUUAAAGAACAAGCUUCAUUUGUUACAAAAU